AUGGCAACCACAGUCACCACAGUCACCGGUACUCUGACACCAGAUCCACCGCUCAAACUCGAAUUGGCAAGAGUCGAGGACGUGCCGGAGCUGAUACAGCUGUGGUACAAUGCCUUCAGCAUUCCCUCCCUGCUUGCUAUUUGGCCUGACACUCCAGGAGUACGGCAGUGGUGGGAGUCAGCCAUUCGCUACGACAUGCUAAACAAGCCACGCGAGAAGUACCUCAAGGUAAUUGACAGCCAGACCGGGCGUAUUGCCGCUUAUGCCAAAUGGUCUCUUGAGACUUCCAAGGAGCGUGGCCCCCGGUUUCCCCCCUGGCACCCGGAUAUGGAUGCCCGUCAUAACGAGGAAUACUUUCAACGAUUGGAGGAGGUUCGGGAUCGCCUAGUUGGAAGCUCCAGUAAAAACUUCUACCUUGAUAUGCUCGCGACGCAUACCGACUACCGACGCAUGGGAGCAGCGCGGUUACUUCUCGAAUGGGGAUGUCAGGUAGCAGAUCAAGAGAAUGCUUUAAUCUACAUUGACUCGAGUGAAGCCGGAAAGCCAAUCUACGAGCGUUUCGGUUUCGUGGUUCAAAGUAUGGCUUGCGGGCUCGCUUCCAUGGUGAGAGAGCCAAGAACUAAGGAAGUGUGA